AAUCCUUUUUUUCCUGUAUGCUCAAAGACAUUUAGGAUUGUUUUUAAUCACUAGUGUUAUUUCCUCCGGUUUGAGUGUCGGCAAUAAUCAAGAUGGAUAAGAAAUCAUUUGAAACCGUGCUGGAUGAAAUUAGGAAGGCUGUAUUGACUGAGUACAAAUUAAAAGCUAUUGAAUAUGUUCAUGGAUACUUUUCCAGUGAACAGGUUGUUGAAUUACUGAGAUACUUCUCCUGGGCAGAACCACAGCUUAAGGCAAUAAAGGCUUUACAACAUAAAAUAGUGGCAGUUCCAGCAUCGAAAAUGGUUAAUAUUCUCAACUGCUUCACCUUCAGUAAAGAUAAACUUAUUGCCCUUGAAAUCUUAGCUUCCAACAUUGUUGAUGCUCAGAAUUAUCGCCUGAUUGAAGAUCUGUUCAGAAUUAAUAUGUCAGAGAAGAAAAGAUGCAGAAGAAUUCUUGAACAGGCUUCAAAAACAGGUUGUAAGGCUCCUCAUGCUAUGAUAUCAUCCUGUGGCAUGAUUCCUGGCAAUCCUUAUCCCAAGGGAAAACCAAGCCGCAUAAAUGGAAUUUUUCCAGGAACCCCAAUCAAAAAGGAUACGGAAGAAUGUACUAAUGAAGGAAAAGGAAUAGCAGCCCGUAUACUUGGACCAUCCAAACCAGCUCCAUCAACGUACAAUCCACACAAACCAGUUCCAUACCCCAUCCCACCAUGUCGGCCACAUGCAACUAUUGCACCAAGUGCUUACAACAAUGCUGGCUUAGUUCCAAUGGCCAAUGUCAUAGCUCCAGGCUUACCAGCUCCUCCACCAUACACUGCUAAUCAAGUGGUAUCAGAAAAUGAGGACCUUUCCAGCCAGGCAAAACCUUCCCAAAAUCAAGCUUUUUCUGCACAAACGAAUCAGCUCUUUACUCCUCAUGGUUCUAAUCCUUCAACACCUGCUGCUACUCCAGUCCCUACCCCAUCACCUGUCAAGGCAAUAAGCCAUCCAUUAGCACCUGCAACUCCACUCAUCUCUGGGAUGAGCAUAUCUACCCCUGUCCUUCCUGUUUUCCCAGGACAGGUCUCCUCUUCCAUCCAUACAUCUCAGCCAUCCACCCCAACCCCUACUGUCAUCAAAUCCCUUUCAUUGCCUGGUGUUCCUGUCACAUCUGUACACAGUGCAACCUCUACUCCUAUCCCCUCAGUUUUUUCUGGGCUCGCUUCUAUCCCUGCUGCUAUGCCCGCUCCGCAAGGUUCUUCCACUCCAUGUGCCACACCUGCACCCAGUGAAGCUUUCGCAUCUGCUGCUACACCAUUUGCUGGCCUCCCUUUCUCUGCAACCUCUUCAGUUGCUUCUGCUAAUAAUCCUGCUCCAUUGUCAUCGGCCUUUGCUGGCCUCCCUUUGUCCUUGCCGCCCAAUGCCCAAGGGAUUUCUAGUCCUGUUCCAUCUACAAUUGCUAAUUCUCCUGCCACUACCAUUCCUGGCUCGCUUAGCUUGCCUAACCCGAUUUUGUCUGUCUUAAAGGGAUUUCUGACAUCAAAUGACACUUCAUUAAUCAAUUCAUCUGCUUUACCUUCUGCUGUGACAAGUGAGCUUGCUUCUUUAUCUGCUCUUGGUAAUCAAAUCUCUGACCCUCCCACUUCCUCUGUCAACAAAUGUUACACUCCAUCAGCCACCUCCAACACACAGCGUUCCUCCACACCUGGGCUGGCUAUUUUUCCAGGUCUUCCAUCCCCAUCUGUAGCCAAUUCUAGUUCCACUCCUCCCACAUUGCCUGCACAGUCACCUUUAACCACUUCACCAUCGAUUAUGCCAGUCAACUGUGGCUCAUCAGCCUCCCUCUUGCAUGGCACAAGUCCUACUAAUCCUGACCAGCAGCUCUCAUCAGCCCCAGCUGCCACAAGUAUCCCAGUUCUGGUCAAAACAGAACCCAUGAGUCCUACCUUGUCGGCCUUCAAAGGUCCUUCUCAUUCAGCCAGCCCUUCUCAUGGCGCUCUAGGACUGCCAGGGCUUGGGCGUGCAUACACCUCAGCAGCUUCAGUGCCCGUCAGCUUACCCAGUUCCCUGAAUCCAGCACUGUCAGGGCUCUCCUCUUUGAGUGCUCCUCUGAACAACUCCAGUUCUCUGGCUUCCAUUUCCCUCGCCCCACAUGGCUCCUCUGCUCCCAUUGCCCCCGUGUUCAAUGGACUUCCUCCUUUCACGUCUCUAACCAGUAACUUUGCUUUUACUGGUAACCCAGCACUGACCCCGCCCGUCACUCUCCCAGGGUCUCUAUUGGCCACUCCGGCUACAAGCGCUUCAGCCGUGUCCGCCCCCCAUGUGAGUUCCACCGCCGCCGUGCUCUCAGGACUCGCUGCCUCCGCAACAGUCUCCGCUCCACCCUUCUCGCUUAACUUGUCCAGUGCUGUCCCUUCCCUUUUUUCUGUUGCCCAGGGACCUCUGGGAUCAUCAAACCCAUCCUUCCCUGGUUUUCCUGUCUCUAACACACCCUCUGUCACUCCUGCUCUCCCUUCUUUCCCUGGCCUCCAGGCAUCCUCUGCAGUAGCAGCAGUUGCACCGUUGCCAGCAGCUGCCACAGCCGCAUCUCCAGCUCCGGUCCUGCCAGGGUUUGCCUCGGCCUUUAGCUCAAACUUCAACUCUGCACUUGUGGCACAGGCUGGCUUGACUUCUGGACUACAGACUCCAGGAAAUGCAGUUUUUCCUGGUCUCUUAUCUCUCCCUGGUAUCCCUGGCUUUCCCCAAAGUGCCGCACAAUCUUCCUUGCAGGAAUUGCAGCACAGUGCAGCUGCACAGUCAGCACUACUACAGGCGCAUUCUGCUUCUGCUCUGGAGAACUAUACAGCUCAGCCUGAAGGUUUUGCUAACUAUCCAUCAACACCAGGAACACCAUUUUCAUUGCAGACAAGUCUGCCUCAGAGUGGAUGGCAGUAAAUACCAGUAAAUGCAUAAAGACUGCAGUGUUUGCUUGACAGAACCUGAUCCUAUUCACUUUGAAGGCUGUCUCUGCGAUAGUGGGAGCAUGGUCUGAGCUGGGGAAAGAAAGGGAAAACAUGAGGGUAAAUUGUUUCCAGGAGGCUGUGUCAGAUGUCAAAUUUAAUUUGUGAAUAGCAUUCAGUUUGAUUCAGGGUCUGAUCCUGUGAAUUGCUUUGCAUCCUUGACUCUCCUUAAAUUUUAAGAGUUCAAUGUUUGGUGUCUUACAGGAUCAGGAGCAUUCAAACAGAUGUUUCUGUAAAUAGGGCAAUUGACUGUCAAGCUGAGUAGGGAGACCAAGUAUACUCAAUAGUGUGAAUAAGCACCUAUCUUUCUGUUAUGUUUUGUAUGGUAUAUGUGGUUAAUAUAGACUGAGAUCUAGACUGAAACUAGACAAUUCAAGCUGUAGACGACCUUUUGCCUAGAAGCACACUUCUUGUGUGUGUACAAAUCAAGGUCAGUUUAUGGUUUUUCAGGUGAUUUCUUCCUACGUAUGAAGAUCUCCUGUUAGCAUCAGCAGUAUGUUAAGGGGAGGGUAGGUCAGAGGUAUGUGGGGGUUUUUCUUAUGAUUCAAAAUACUGUCAUGGGCUUGCUGCUGAAUUGAGUACUCCUUUGUCUGAACAAGAAAGCUAGGAAAUUAUGCUGUACUGUAUUUGGUAGAAGUGGAUUAUGUUUUACUGGAGUAUGGUUUAGCUAGCUGAGAAUAUGUCUUUCCAAAAUACAUAAAAACAUUUUAACUUGCCUCUAAAAUAAUGUUCCAUUAUUCUCCUUGCCUCCAGCAUCCCUCUGAAUGAAAUAAUUGUACUGCAGAUAGGCUGCCUAUCUGGCACUUUUGACUGCAGAUUUAUGUGAAUGUUUACAGACAUGGGGCAAGUUCUUCUCUCCCUUAUACUCACAAACAAACUGCUUCUCUUUAUGCUUUUCAGCUAUAAACUACAACUUGAUGGUGCUUAUCAUAUCCUGUGAAUAUAAGUGGGAGCAGAAUUUGGACCAUGGAUUUUUUUAGUAUUUUUCCUUGGAAAACAUACAUGAUUUUAAAGGCAUAUAGCUAAUUUAAUUGUUACAAUGCAGCAUAUAGAAAGGUCUUGCUUUGUUAGUGAAAUUGAGUUGUGCACUCUUCUAAUAAUGUUAGUAUCUGGGCAAUGUGUAACACGUUAUUGAAUAUCUUCUAUUUAAGGUAUGCUCUUGAUCAUGAUCUAGAGACGAUAGAGAUGAAUGAUAUUCAAUCAUGUGACUAAAUUAAAAUGUAGAGAUACUACACUGUAGAAAUGUUCUGCACCUAGAGUUUUACUUUUUUAAAGAUUGAUGAUGCUGGGAGAUGUUGCUAAUGUAUUUUCUUUCAAGAUGUGAACAGACUUUUUUAGAACAUUAAUGGAAAUUACUGUAUUGGUUUUUAACAUAAUUUUUUUAAAUAAAAAGUUUACAGUCAUGGCAAAAAGCCUUUCUGACUAUUUGCAUAUUUACCUAAAAUAUGAAUGAAUAAACUUGUUUUUACUAAGACACUUCUACUGAUCUUGAUCUUGCUUUAUGUCAUUUCUUUUUGAUGCAGAAUUCUGUCCAAAAUUAUAAAAUUUACUUCUUAAGGAGUGACAUUAGAAAUAUCCUAUUUAAUUUUUAGAUGAAAAACUUAAAUUCUUUGACAUCUUAAUAAUCAAACUUAUGUAUUAUGUUAAAUCUAAAAAAAAAAUACUGUGUUCUUACAUUUUUUUAUUUUGUGAAACCUGUUAAAGUCUCAUGAUUCUCCACUCUGAACUGCUCCUAAAAUUGAUAUCUCGGAUAUUGAUAUCUUGACUUAAGAAAUCUGUGGAAGAGGUCUCUACCAUCUUUCAUUUUAUUCUGCUUGUCAUUCUGUCCAUAACUUGUUCUUUGUAGAUUUGCAGAUGAGUUGGAGAAAAUAAAGAUACAGGUAUCUUAUUAAGAGCAAAUUGGUUUUUCUCCCCUGGAUGUGAAUGUAAACCAGUUCUAAGUCAGUAAGUGUUUUGUAACCUUACUGAGGUGCUGAGUCUGACAUCCUAUUUUAAUUCUAGUUUCCCCAUCAGACAAUCAAAGUUUGAACUAAUUCAUGUCACCCUGUAGUCAAAAGCAAGUAAUACUGUUUUGUCAGGAAAUAAGCACUUUGUGCCUCUGUUUCUAAAAAUAUCUGUUGAAUGGUCAUGGGGUGUGGGGUUCCUGUCUGAGCACUGGACAACUCAGAGAUGCCGAAGAGACUCAAGCUGUGUUUCUCCAAAUGAAAACAGGUGAGAAGUAGUGAAAUCCACUGUGUUAAAUGCUCCUCUCCUGCAAUGUAGUUACUGGGUGUUGUCCAGCCCCUUUAGCAGAGAAGAGCAUUUGAUGCUCCCAUCGGUCUUAGACAAGUGAAUAGGUUGAGAAAUGUUUAGUUGUAAAGUUUUUAUGUCUGGAAUGGGCUCUCUGGUUCUUACUGAACCUUACUGAAUCUUACUGUGCUGGAUUUGUAAAUGAACUCUCCACUGUUAGGAUUAAAAUUCAAUUUUUGAAAUAUUUCUCCUGAUGUAAAAUUGUUUUUUAUUAAUUUUUUUCCUCUUCAGGAAUAGAGUCUGUGUUCUGCAUUGCAGCAAACUGCUGUGACCCAGCCUUGGAGUUUCUGAAGGGAGUGAUUUGUCCUGAGCUCUUUCAUGCUUACUUGAGCACCAUUUUUAGACAGCCAAGGAAAUGUCUGCUCCUGAGGCAAACAACCUUAAACUGAGCCUGUGCCAGGAAAGGGCUCUUGCUGUAUGAUUUUAAUUCUGGACUAACUCAUUUUUUUCACUGUUCAAGUUGCCUGUUACUGCUCUGUUUCUUGUGUACUGACGGCCUGCAUAGAUACAGUGUGGUGAAGCGUUCCUUGAAAUAAAACCUUUUUUGCAACAA